CGAUAGUGGCUGUGGCACUUCUUCGCUUUUCGACAUCGACAAACGAGUUUCUUUUUUUUUUUAUGUCUCUCAGGUACCUAUCAGCAAAGUUAGCGCAGCAGAUCGAUGAAGAACUCAUGGGCGCAGCUGGUGCCUUCAGCUUGGACCAGUUAAUGGAAUUAGCUGGGCUGGCAUGCGCGCAGACGGUGGCGAAAGUUUAUGACACCGAAAAAUACAAUCGAGUUCUUGUUUGCUGUGGCCCCGGGAACCAGGGAGGUGACGGACUUGUGGCCGCGCGACAUCUUAGUAUGUUUGGGUUUAGCCCCACCCUCUAUAUGCCAAAGCCAGGCUCUAAAGACAUAUACAAACGCCUGCACAGACAGUGUGCAAACAUGUCCAUUCCAACCCUCCCACAUGAUCCACCAAACGACCUUGCUACGUCUUACGACCUCAUUCUUGAUGCCAUCUUCGGCUUCUCUUUCAAACCCCCAGUACGUACACCGUUCGACACUUUAUUGCCACUUCUUUCGAGAAGCAAACUCCCAAUCGUGAGCGUGGACAUCCCCAGCGGAUGGGAUGUUGAAAGGGGGCCGGUAGAAUUAACGAAGAAUGCAAGUGGGGAGGAUAAACAAGAGCAGCUGGACAUGUCAUAUUUAGAGCCAGACGUCCUCAUUUCAUUGACAGCCCCUAAAGAAGGCGUCAAAGGGUUUAAGGGGAGGCACUAUCUGGGUGGGAGAUUCGUUAGCCGAGAACUGGAGAAGAAGUACCAACUAAACCUCCCUCAAUACUAUGGAUAUGAGCAGAUCGUCGAGCUCCCCCCAGAGACAGACGAGACAACGCAAAAGCUGUGAUGGAGGAUCAUACCGAUGGCUGCGAUUCUAAUAAAAAUGUCACAAUUACAGUGAUUUGCGUGUACUGGUUAAUUAGCAUGACUAACGUCGUGAAAGCCAUGAAAUAGUUGAG